AUGUCUCUGACCAAGACAGACCUACCCAUUUCUAUUUCUAUAUGUGGAGAUGGUAUAGUUGAUAUUUUUGAUGAGGAAUGUGAUUCCACAGAACAUUGUACAAAUUGUUAUUGUGACAAAGGGUAUAAGAGUGUUAAUAAUAUAUGUGUUCCAAAAUGUGAUAUUGAAGGGUGCAUUAAUGGUUGCAUUAGUCCAAAUGAAUGUAGUACUUGCAAACAACCAGCAUAUCAAUGGGAUUGUCAUAGUUGUGGAGAUGGAUAUUAUAUGGAAGGAUUUAUGAAAUGUAUUUUAUUAAAUCCAAGUGAGUUAUAUAGUUGUGAUAAAAUGCUUAAAGAUAAUUCGUUAAUGACUGUAAAAGAAAUUCAAUUAAGUUCAUUACUAUUAAAUAAUGCAUAUGAAUAUACACUUUAUUUAAAAGAUUUUAAAUUAACUAUAGAUCAUUGUUAUUUAACAUUUGAUCCAAGCUCACCUUAUGUAAAAGGAAUUUGGAUUGAAUUAGAUGUUAUUAAUGAAGGUUAUUAUGUAAUUGAAACUGAAAGAGAAUAUACAAUAUCAACUAUUGAAUAUCUUACAGUUCAACAAAAUAACUAUGGGUUUGAUUCAAUUAUUACAGUAGAAAAAGAAUGUUUCACAUUUAAUUCAACUGGAGUUGCUUCUUGUGAAGGUAAUAAUAAUGAUAUAAAUGAUUAUAUUUUAUCUGCUUCUUUAAUGAAAUAUUUUACAAUAGGAAAAUAUUAUCUUCAUGUCUUUGGACAUUAUGGAAUAGUACCAACAGAAGAUUUAAAAUUAUAUGUUAGGAAAGUUAAUCAUCCCUGUUCAGCAAGGUUUACACAGUUAUUAUGGAAUGACCUUAUAUCCUCUAGUUAUACAACGAUGGUUUCUACUGUUGAUUCUAUCUACAGCACAUCACCUUGUUCUACACAAUUAGAAAAAGGGAAAUGGUUUUUUAUAAAAGGGUCAGAUAAAACAAUUAAGAUUUCAACAUGUAAUAAUUCUCAAGAUCUUGAUAGUUUUAUUCAUCUUGUUCAAGUUUCAAAAACAAAUGAUGAUUUUACUAAUGUUAGGUGUGAUGAAAAAGGAAGUAUUUGUCUAGAAUAUAGUGACCGUGGGUGUGGAAUUAAUUCUCGACUUAUUCAUCAAUUAAGUUCUGAGUAUGAUUAUUUUAUCUUCGUUUCUUCUACAAAGCGAAGUUUAUUUGAAGUAGAAUUUUCUACAACAUGUCCAUAUGAUUGUUUAAAUGGAGUAUGUUCUGUAUCUAAAGGAGGUUGUAUUUGUAAUGAAGGAUAUACUGAAAAGGAUGGAAUUUGUACAAAAUGUGGAAAUGGAAUUGUUGAUGUUGAUGAAGAAUGUGAUCCUUCAAAUAAUAUUACUAAGGAAUAUUAUUGUUCUGAAGAAACUUGUAUGUGUAAUUUUGGAUACAUUCCAGUAACGAUUAAUGGAAUAACUAAAUGUGCAAUUUCAACCUGUGGAAAUAAUCAAAUAGAUGAAUAUGAAGAAUGUGAUGGUGGAAAUGGAUGUGAUCAUUGUCAUUGUAUUAAUGGAUAUACUCCUUAUGCUCAAGCAAGAUUAAAUUGUCUUUUACCUUCAUGUGGAAAUGGAAGAAUUGAUUCAGGAGAAGAAUGUGAUGGAGGAGAUGGUUGUAUUGAAUGUGAAUGUCAACCAGGAUGGUAUUCUAAUGGACAUACAGAAUGUAAAAAAUAUUCAGAAGGAGGGUUGUUGUUAAUAAUUUGUAUUCCAGGUAUAAUAGUAUAUGAAAUAGUGUUAGUAAUUAUAUUAAUUAUCUUCCUUAUUCAGUAUCAUCUAUUAAAUGAUAAAAUUAUAUUUGAACAAAAAGAAUCAUCACAUUUAUUUUAUGAUUUAAUAAUACCAUAUGAUAAAACAUAUUGUUAUCCAAUAACCCUUAGAAAUGAAUAUUUUAAUAUUCAACCACAACACAUUGAUUUUAUUAGUGAAGAUAUUUGUCCAGAAGUAGAUCAAAUUGCUAAACGAGAAUGCAUUGUUACUAACUUUUCAAAUGAAACAAUGAAUUUUAUUUUUCAUGGAAUUAAAAAUUCAAAACAUGAAAUCAUAUUUAUUCCUUGUAGAGGUAUUGUAAAACCAAAUGAUUCAGUUACAAUUCAAAUUCAAAUUUGUGUUCAUUGUACAACUAAAAUUCAUGAAAGUAUAAUGGUCACUGUAGGAUUUUCACAUUUUAAAAAAGUUAUUAAAGAAUAUCUUUCUCAUCAACAUAUCAGUACUAGUAAAUCCGAUAAAUCAAAUAAGUCACAACGUUCUGGACGUUCUUCACUAUCUAGUUUAUCUAACCAAAAUUCUACUUCUUCAGAAGAAAUGAUAGUUAGUCCUAAUAAAGCAAAACAAUUUUCAGUUGAAUUAUCAUUAGAUGCUCGAAGUAAAUUAUCAACAAAGCUAGAUGAAGAUGAAAUUCAUACCUUUCAACCACCUAUAGGUGAAGGAACAUUUGGUGUCGUUUUUAAAGGAGAAUGGAGAAAAAUAGAUGUAGCUGUAAAGUGUGUUAAAACUGAUGUUGCUUCUAUAGAUGAAUUAUUACCUUCUUUUCUUGAAGAAGUAAAAUUAUUAGAACAGUUACGUUCGCCCUGCAUUAUUUCAUUUAUAGGAUACUGUAUUACAAAUGAAUCCAUUUGUUUAGUUAUGGAGUAUUGUCCAUUAGGUUCAUUAAAGAAAUACCUUCAAUCGAACCCAUCAACUAAUUUUCUUAAAUUACGUUUUUGUCAAGAUAUUGCUCGUGGAAUGUUAUAUCUUCAUGAAAAUGAUAUUAUUCAUAGAGAUUUAAAACCAGACAAUGUGUUAGUAAUAAGUAGUAAUCCUAUUGAUGAGGUUGUAUGUAAAGUAACAGAUUUCGGAACAUCAAAAAUUCUUAUUGACAAAUCUGGAUUAGGUAAAGAUAUUAAAGAUAUUGGUACACCAAUGUACAUGGCUCCAGAGAUUCAUACAUUAGGUGUAUUAAAUAAGAAAGUUGAUGUAUUUUCUUAUGCUAUUUGUUUAUUAGAAAUUUGGUUAGGAAGAAGUCCUUAUAGUCCAAUUAAAUUUCCUGAUGCAGAAAGUAUUAUGUCAUUUGUUUCAUCCGGACAACGACUAGAAAUUCCACGAAAUUGUCCGUAUAAGAAAAUUAUUAAAAGUUGUUGGCGUAGUCGUUCUUCAAAACGUCCAUCAUUUAAUGAAAUUGAAAAAGAACUCACAGUAAUUCUUUAUAAUGAAAAAGAUAAAAAAACAUCUAGCAUUCAACAAACAACUGAAAAUACUCUUUUUCAAGACCCCAACACUUUUAGAACAAUGGCACAAAUACAGGGUAUAGAAAGUGAAGUAAUAGAAGAUUUACGUUCAAAAACAAUUAUGUAA